ACGGCUAUAUUCCCUUAAAGAUUUCAAAAUUUUCUAGCGAAGAAGAAAGAAACAAACAUCUCUCUAUGGCGGAAAGGAGGGUUGAGAUCUCAGAUCCAGAAUCAGAGUUCUUCGCUUCGAAGCAAGAGACGGGACACGAGUGGGAGCUUUUCAAGGAGAACGUCAGGCCUCUCAAGAGAGGACGCAACGUUCGUCUCCUCAACCACGCUCUCAAAUCUCACACCGACCACCAAUUAAGGAAGACCCUCGUCGAGAAACGGAGGAAGUUGAUUGAGGAGAUCGAUGAGUACGCUGGCGAUGACCCUCUCUUUCCCUGGAUCCAGUGUAUAAAAUGGGUACAAGAGGCGUUUCCACCAGGUGGAGAGUGCUCGGGACUGUUAGUGAUAUACGAGCAGUGCGUGAGAAAGUUCUGGCACUCCCAGCGUUACAAAGAUGAUCUCCGUUAUCUCAAAGUUUGGUUGGAAUAUGCUGAGCAUUGUGCUGAUGCGGAAGUGAUUUACAAGUUUCUGGAGGUUAAUGAGAUUGGAAAGACACAUGCUUUGUACUACAUUGCUUACGCCUUGCACAUGGAGUUUAAGUCUAAGGUGAAAACGGCUAAUGAGAUCUUCAAUCUCGGAGUCUCUAGAAACGCAAAGCCUGUGGAGAAGUUGAAUGAUGCUUACAAGAAGUUCAUGGUGAGGACUAUGACAAGGCCCAACACAGCUGAUGAAGAACCAAAGGAGAAUAAUGACAUGCCGUCAAGAAGCUUUGGCACUGUAUUGUCUAGGGUAGAUAACAAUAAUGCAGGAAGGCAGGCUUUAGGACCACAAGCCAAGAAACCAAAGCUGAAUCAAUCAUCCAAGGUACCUUUAUCUAUCUACACAGACACUACAUCGGGGAAUCAACAACAAGAGUCAGACAAGUCAAGACCAGAGUAUGGUUCUUGGCUCAUGCUUGGAGGCAGAGCAGAGAGGAACAAAGAAAACAAUGCUUUACCUGGAAAAUGGAAAACAUUCAAGGUUCCUCAGAAACCUAUUGUGAGAACACCUGCAGCCACUGCUUCCUCCUUUGAGGUUUUUAUAGACGAAGAAGAAGAAUGUACAGAAGAGGGAGGAGAGAAGAAGACUAAGAGCGAAACCAACUCAUCAUCAUCAAACGCUCUGCCGCUUAACGAUGGCCGUGAGAUUAAGAAAGAAACAGAGCUGCUUAGACAGAACCCUCUAAGACAUUUCCCACCCAACAGCUUCUUACGAUGAUAAUGUUCAUCUCUACCAACAAGCAUAACAGACACGAUCUUCUGAGUUUGAGCUUUGAGCUUUUGUCUAUAAAGCUCCUUGUAUUUUUUUUUCAUGUUUGGAUUUGUUUUUGUGAUGUACUGAUAUUUUUAUGUACUAUGAUGAGCUUUAUCAUGUUUCUUUAAACUUAUGAGUUCUUUAAUUGAUUCCAGUUCGUUACUUAACA